AUAAUAUAGAUGAAGAAGAACAAGAAUCUCUUGAAUUUAUAUUAGCACAAGCCUUGUUUGCAACAGGAGUAUCAUUUUCUUUUCUUGAAAAUCCUUAUGUGAUUAAAUUUUUUCAACGUAUUCGCCCUGCAUUUAAAUUACCAAAUCGGAAAAAGCUUGCAGAUGAAUUAGUAGAUAAG